AAAAUCUUUCGUCGCCAAAAAAGACCAGAGAGAUCCACUCCACACGGUCUUCUUGACCAUGACCGCCGCUUCCUGGUUCCUCUCAUAUCAGGAGGUUUGGCGGUGCGACAAGAGGCCCUCCUCAUCGCUGCCAUGCUCAGCCGCGAGUUGACCCGAGGCGCCGGCUUUGUGUGCCUGAGAUGUCGCCUUCAGCUUGCCGGGGCCCGUAAACGGCCGCCAUUCGCUGCCGCCGCCUUCCCCUCACCUCGAACCGCCCAGCGAUCCAUCGGGACUCACGACAGACCGAGUAACACUGAGCCCAAGAGCGAUACAGUCCGGCGAGAUGAAAGCUCCACGGUUUCCUGGCCACCUCCUGCGCCGCCACCACGGCGGCCGCGGCCCCAUGAACGCACGUACACGUCCCGCGGCCAGAUCGUCACGCCCGAGCAAGAAGGCCUCGAUGUCGCCAUGCUGGGAAAGCCAGGGUCUGCCAUCGUCCUGCGGGAGAAACGCACCCGCAAGAAGAAGCGCCAGCUUGCCGAUCUGAAGCCCGACAGCGAUGCGCCGGAAACGCGUGUCGAUCCUGCGAGCUUGCUCGUCGACGAAGACGCAGCUGCCGACUCCGAGGAUGUUCUACUCAACAUUCACGAAUUGCGACCAAAAGACAAGCGGAUCCUGAGCGACAAAGCCUUCACACAACUCAGAGACACCCUUGUCGACGGGUUCACCAACGCGCAAUUGACCCGCUACGUGCGGGAAUAUGAAGCGAUACAACAGCUGAACCAAGAGGAGACGCAUGAGGACACUGCUCAGGAACUGCCCCCCUGGGUCCUGGAGCAUCAACCAUGGACGCCGAUAUCUGAGAAUGGAGUAGACGUUGUGGAGCCUCACCUCGCCGGCUACAUCACCAAAGGCAUGGCCCCGAAAGCCCGGCUCGCUGUCCGUUUGAUGCGCAGUUGCUGGGACCUGUGCAACCAGAGCGUUCUUGACAGGGACGGAUAUCUCAGCCUGCGUCUGCGUGACGUCGAGUUCUCUCUUCUGACCCUGGGCAAUAGGAGAUGGCUGGAAGGGACGCAGCGAGCUAUUCUAGCCUAUGUGAAAGAGGUCAGACUUAUUCGGGAAUCCCGAUUGGUCUCCGUCGUGGCUCCUAAGCACGCGGCCGAUGCGAUUGUUGACCGGAUCCAUGGGGUGCUCUCUAAAGCCCGUACAAGCGAGUUCGAGACCGACCUUGUCUCCCCUGAACCUCUCGAACCCCCCAUCCUCGAGGAAGUUGGGCGUGUGACCAACACGGUUACACGCCUCGAUCCGUCGGGCAAGAAGGUUGUCGUCACUUGGAUCCAUAUGCCCCAGCGCGAUGAGAACUUCGAGAACGCCUGCGAGACCGUAUUACGUUUCCUGCGCCAUGCGUACGGGCCUAAAACCCGUGUAUCGACGGCCUUGAGGGUAGUGCCGGAGGACCUUAUCCACCAGGGCCGGUACCUUCCCGCCCUCAACCCGGAACAGAAACUCCCGUGGCAGGAGCGUUCCGCCAAGUGGGAGAGAUGGACUGCUGCCGUGCCCCACUGGAAUGCCGACUCCAAACCGGCAUCGGGCUCAGUCCCAGCGGAUAUCCUUCCUUCUAGUUUGAGGGAAGAGAAGACCGUCAAGCACUCGGAUCCCGUCAGAGUAGUAGCAGAAGACCCCGAGUCUGAGCCUUCAUCCCCAGGCUGGUCUGCCGAGGCGCAAACAGAUACGAGCGUUGUUUUUGGGCACGUCGUUUUCGCUCGUCAGAAAUCAUCCGCCACGUCGAGUACCCCGUCACCCGAACCUGCAGCACGAUUGGACACCUCCCUGCCCCGCACCUUCGUCCCCAUUCUCCCCGCCCUUGGCAGUCUCAACAUACCAAACAACCUGAAGGAAGAGGGCCUUUGGCAUUCCACCACCGUCAUCCGGUUCUCUCCGUCCCCCGACGUACCCUCAGACCUCGCCGCCUCCGCGCCAGAGCUCGAGCUCCUCGUCGAGGCCGAUCACGUAGAGGUCAAAGCACUCACCUCUCUCCGCGCCGUCAAGGAGACUUUUACCGGCGACGUGCUCUUCCCCGCGGCCCCCGUCGACGCCCGUCUGGUCCAGCGACGCUACUUCAGCCUCCCGGGCGCAAGCAUCGAGCAGCACGUCCCCUCCAUCAUCACAUUCGUCACCAAGUCCGACUUGCGCCCCUGGGCCGGCAAGCUCAGCACCCCGCCCGUGCUCUUGGGCGUGCACCUUCCGCGCAGGCUCCUCACCCCGACCGCAACUUCCCAAGACGACGGCACCGCCACGCCCAAUAACAACAGCAGCAGCAGCAGCAGCAGCAGCAACCGUGGCGGUGGCGGUGGCGGCGACGACGACAAAGUCCGGGUCGACUACACCUUCGCCUCGAUCCAAGUCCAGCGCACCGUGACUGCCGAGUACGACAACCUCAGGCUGCGCUACACCAGCAUCCAGGCGGGUCAGCGCGGGGGCGAGCGCGCCGAGCUCUCCCUCGAGGCGGUGCGCGUCGCCGCGCCGCCCCCCGAAGACGUCGGGUCUUCCCGGUCCGGGGUAGCCGAGGUCGUCGACGAAGACGAGCUCGUCGACGACGAGGUCAGGCCCAGGCCCAGGUCGCGGUUCAUCUCGCACAGCAAGAACUCGCCCGACAAGUCGCCCGCGCUUACCGACGCCGAGGCUCAGGCAAGGGCAGCGAUCCUGGCGAGGCCUGUGGUGUUGGAAGAGUUCCUGCGAGUCGCGUCCGAUAUUGUUCACGAGAAGGGCCGGUUGAAAUGGCAUGCGAAACGGUCAUAAGAUGGUAUAAAGGAAAUGUACAGAGCAUUGUAGGAUAGACUCGAGUGUAUCAAUAUGUAACCACAUCAAAGAAGACUUGGGCCCCCUCCGCUAACCGAG